AUGGCAUUUCACACUUCUCCUCCUGCUAACGUUGCCGCCGAAGGACAGCCUCGAAGAAGGCCAAGAUCUCCUCGGCGCGCCGACAGCGUGUUUUACAGCUCGGCCACUCCCAGCCAGACGGAGUCGUCUGGUGCUGCGCGUCCACUGGAUGGUAGAUCUUCCACUUCCGAUGUCGGUACGUGGGAAAGCUCUAGGACCGACGAUGAAACCAUCGGCAAUGUAUGGGAUAGUCGCUCCACAGCGCCAUAUGGUGUACCUGAAUCUGAAAGGUCCUCAGUGCCACGGAUUCCUUCCUCCCCGGCCUUUAGCUUCGCAGCGAAGGCUGACGCGCCGGCUCUGGCGGAAAUACCAAAAACUGAAGACAAUGAGACGGCCCCACAGGCACGGCAGACACAUGUUUCCCAGCCCCAGUAUCCCCUGCCGGUCGAAGCUAACGCGGAAUUCUCUGACUUGCUGAAGUUCUACUUUUAUAAUCUUUGUCGCAAAAACUCCGUUUUCGACGGACCGGCUAAUCCAUUUCGCUACAUGAUCAUCCAAUGGCUCACGGACUCGCCAUUAAUCCUCAACUGCGUACUGAGCAUGUCCGCCAGAGCAUUGGUUGGACAUCGUCCAGACAUCUUGCCCAAAGCUGUUCGACAUCACACCGUCGCCGUUGGCUAUUUGACCGAGAUUCUGACGAAGCUCACCCACCAAACUCCCUCGGAUCCUGUAGACCCGUCAAUUCCGGCUGGAGAAGAUUCAGCACAUCAGAUCAAGCAGGCGGUUCUGGCCUCAAUACUGCUAGGCAUAUCUUCUUCGUGGCUCGACGCAUCCGAUCUAGGGGUCCAGCAUCUUCUCGGUGCUCGUAAACUACUGUCACAGUGGCAAACAAUGGGCACCACCGAGGCCAACCGAAACCACUGGGUUCCAUCAAUUGCCAUGCAAGACCCCGAGAAAAGCUUUAUUAUUGGCGCCCUGGCGUAUUGGGAGGCUUUGAUAGCCUUCGUCAUCGAUCAGCCUUUGAAUGCCGUUGAUUAUCUUGAACAGUUCUGCGACCAAAGCAGUCUAGAGAUGAUAUAUCUCAAUGGAUGGACUGGGAUAUGCACUCCACUAUUUGUAUACCUAGCUAAAGUGGCUAUUCUCGUGCGCCAAAAGAGACAAUGUUCUAAGAUGGCGAACAUGGGAUGGAAUUCCAGCCUCGAAAAUGUGCGCUCGAAGCUUCUCGGCACUGCCAUCGAGCUGGAGCGUCUCAUCGUUGCCUACAACCUGCCUCCCAGGUCAAAGCUCUUUGAGACGGGAGAUCCGCUGGUAUCAUUGAGCCAGUUGGAGGCGCUGGCGCACUGUUAUCAGCUAACCUCCUUGUUGGAGCUCUACAGAUCCUUCCCAGAGAUCCUAACGCAGAAGACCUACACUUACUGCUCAGCAGGCUCCGUCUCCGGCUCCAUCUGGGCUGCUGCCGCUGAUUCCUCGCCCACAAUCGGGGGCAUGCAACCUCUUACUCAACUGCUCGUUCAGGGCACCGAGCACUCAAGCAGAAGCCUCCUCUUCAACAUGGCAACCACCGUGAUCGGAAUGAUGGAAGGCGUCCCCGAAGGCUCGGGCCUGAGCUACAUCCACACCUUGGGCAUGAUAAUCUGCGGGAGCACGCUGAGCGCCCUUCCGGAACACACCUGUCUGGCCGUCAAAGAGCAAGGCCCGCAGGGCCUCCUCAUGUCCAUCGCCAUGGACCGUGCGAAUGUGGUCAAGACCCGAGACGCCGUGCUCAAGCGUCUGCGAGCUAAUGCCAAGGCAGCCGGUAUGGACUCGUUUUGUCAAGUGGAAGUGUUGCUGAAGGAGGUCUGGGGCAGGCUCGAUGCGAUAUCUGACCAGUUGCAUCCUGUGGUGGGCGAUGACGCGGAAAAGAUGGAGCAGGUCCAUUGGCUCGAUGUCAUGAUUGAGUGUCGGCUUGAGUCUGUGUAUGGAUGA